CCAAGCAUGCCUAUAACUUGCACAGUCGGUUUCCACUGACGCUAUCUUUUUAUUUAUUUAUUUUCUUAAAUUGUUUACGCUAAUAAAAAGUAAACAAUCAUGUAUAAACCUUCAACAAUUGUGUUUUUUGUUUUUAUUGCUUCUUUUUUGGCAGCACCGCUAAUUUACACUCUGGAUAAACUGGUGUUAAUGGAAAGCUCGAAGUGGGUAUUUUUGGCAGGAGUUAUUGUUCUUCCAUUGUUUGGACUACUGAGCACACUUUUCGUCCAACAACAUGAAGGAAAAAACGAAACUCUUUAUUAUGUUUGGUGUAUUUUUUCGUUUACUGCUGUUGUUGAUCUGUUUAUUGGACUUGAACUUGAUGGGUUUGUGAAAGGAUUUAUGGAAUUUUAUCUUAGGGAAGGUGAGCCAUAUCUACGCAGUUCUUACGGUACUUCUAUCAACUGGUGGGAUGGAACCGGACAUUUUUUAAUGUAUCUCGGUCUGAUAUACCUGCUAGUGAGUGGGAGAGAUUACCGACUUCUUUGUUUGUAUUGGGUUGGAUCCAUAACACACAGUAUGAUAGUAUUCAUGCCUGGAAAUGUCAUUGGUAACAAGGGUUUGAAAUGGUCAUAUUUUCUUAACGUCCCGUAUGUUUUUUACCCAAUAUAUGCUGGUGUAAGAUGUCUUCGAAUGGGAAUGAAAAAUCGAUGCAGGAUGUAUCCCACAGAGAAGAAAACUUGGGAGAAAAUUGCAGAGAGGUUGUUUGCUGUGUGGUUCCUGGCAGCAAUUGUUAUAGCUUCAUUUAGAUUCAUAGUAAUGCUUGCAGUGGGUUGCAAGGAAAAGAUAACUCAGUAUUAUUUAAAAGAAAUUGAACCAUACCUCAAUGACCCAACACAGUAUGGUCGUACACAGGCAUUAUGCUAUUUCUACUACUUCACUCCAGUGUAUGUGGCCUUCUUUUGCUCGCUGAUCUACCCUGGUGAACUCUGGGUAAAGGACUGGUCCCUUAUACACGCUGGCGCUUCGAUGCAGGCACAGUUUGUCUACAUAUGGUCAUCUCUAAAAUGGAGAACCAAGCCGGAGUUCCAGGUACCGGACACUGUCGAAGCUCGUUGUAUAUUUUGGACUGUAAAUCUUAGCUUAGUGAUUGUUCCACAUCUUUUUGCCUGGUACUGCCAUAAAUCUGAGAUUAGAGAUUUCUUCAAUGACUGUGUAUCACCAUGUGUAUCUCCAAAAUUGAAGAGUUUUCAAGGGGAGGGAAGAACUUUCCAGAAAGUAGAGAGUAUUCAAAGGGAGAUAAGAUACAUCCAGAGAACACCGGAGAAGAGUGAAGGAGAAACACCUACAAGGCGUGUAACAAGAUCUCAAAAGAAAUUGAAGUAAAAUAAUCAAAAUAUAAAACUCUCUUAUGUAUUACAUAGCAUUUAUUACGGUUAUUGUUUAGUAUGAAGUAAAUUUUGUCAGGUAAAUAUCUUGCAAUGGAUUCAUAUUAAAUG